AUGCUGAAUGCAUCUGAGGUAUCUGCACCUCAUGCUGCUGCUGCCGGUGCUGCCGGUGCUGCUGGUGCUGCUGCUGCUGCCAGUGCUGCCGAUGCUGCCGGUGCUGCUGGUGCUGCCGGUGCUGCCGGUGCUGCCGGUGCUGCCGGUGCUGCUAUGUCACCAGCCAGCCCUGCUGAGUUCCUUGGCAGAGCACCCGAGGGGAUGAGCACUCGAAAGCGGCUGGGCGGAAGACAGGCGUCUCUGGAUCCCAAGAGCCUGGCCUUAGGGCCAGGAACUCCUGUGCCCACCACUGCUGCUGGUGCUGCUGCUGCUGGUGCUGCUGCUGCUGGCACUGCUGCCCCUCCCACCCAGACUGCCGUUGACUCGUUUGACUUUCUUGGAAGGCCGGAGGUGAAAUCGAGACUAGCCCUUCUCAAGGAGAAGAAGAAGAAGGAGGUGGGGUUUGAAAUUCCGCAAAAGGAGGAGAAGAAAAGGGUGGGCAAGAUGCACGCUCACCCUCCCCUUCACAAGCAAAGGUCGCUAGACGCUCGGAGCUGGGGGCCUUUGACUUCGGGUUCUGCUGCUGGUGAUGCUGCUGUUGCUGAGAGAACUGGCGUUGACUCGUUUGACUUUUCUGGAACGCCCACGGCCCCACUGUUUCAACCUGAAGCGAUGUUGGGCUCCUGGGGAAAAGGGGAGCUGGGGAGGAGAGGAUCCGGGAUGCUGGGUGUUUCAGGGCAGACUGCCGUUGACUCGUUUGACUUUGUUGACCAGCCUGCUGUGCCGCUGCCAAUGCAGCGGCAUGCUUCCCUGGAUUCGAGGAGAAAAUUCCUGGAUUUCGGGAGAGAUCUGCUGGAUUCAGGGGAAGAAUCCUUGGAUUUAGGGGGAGAAUCCCUGGAUUUCAGGGAGGAUUUGCGGGAUGUAAGGAAAUACUCUCCUUUGGAUUUCAGCAGAGAAUUUCGGGAUGCGAGAAACGUUUUGCUGGAUUCGAGGGAAGAAUCUUCUAAUUUCCGGGGGAAAUUCCUGGAUUUCAGGGGGGAAUUCCUGGAUCUCAGGAAGGAUUUCCUGGAUUUCAGGGGGGAUUCCGUGGAUUUUGGAGGGAUAUCUCCGGAUUUCAAGGGACAGUUGAAGGUUAGUAGGUUGAGGAGGAGGGGUUCGCUUGAAAGUGCAGGAGAUUUUAAGCAAGAUGCUUACUUAAACGGUGCUGGUGGGGAGAAUUGGGGGGAUAAGAGCUUAGGACGAACAGGAAGGGGGGGGGGGAGUUUGGGGAAUGGACGGCAGCGCUCGCCACUGGGGAGGAGGAGGUCGAUAGGAGUGGGGGGGGAGGAUACUGCUUCUAUUAAGGUGAACGAUGGGAGUAUGAAGAGUGGAGACGGUGGGAAGGAAUGGGAAAGAGAGGGAGGGGGGCGGAGCUUGGGAAAUCGGCGGCAGCGCUCGCCACUGGGGAGGAGGAGGUCGAUGGAGGGAGGAGGGAUAGAUGUAGCCUUUGCUGUGCAGAAUGGGAAUGUUGACGGUCGAACAGAGGUUAAAGAGUGGGGAGGAGAGGGGGGGGGGCGGGGUCUGGGGAAUCGGCAGCAGCGCUCGCCGCUUGGAAGACGGAGAUCAAUGGGGGGAGGAGUGGGGGGUCUGGGGUUGGACGUUGGUUCUUUAGGGUUGGGAGUAGACGACGGGGACAGUGAUGCUGGAAAGGGGGGGAAGGGGGGGAAGGAGGGGGGAAGAGUGGGAGAGAAGCGGCAUUUGGGCACUCGAGGGCGCUCACCGCUUCUGGGGAGGAGGAGGUCGAUGGGGGGAGGAGGGAUGGACGGUGCUUCUUUGGGGCUUGGGUUGAACAAUGAGGACAAUGCGGCUGGACUGGGUGCAAAGGAGUGGGGAGGAGUGGGAGAGAGGAGGCAUUCGGGCACUCGAGGGCGCUCACCGCUGGGGAGGAGGAGGUCGAUGGGGGGAAUGGGGGAGGUGGUGGAUUAUUAUUCGGCCCUCAAUGAAACGGCUGAUGAGGGUUCAAGUGAAGGCGAGAGGCAGGGUGGAUCGAGAAAAGACUCUCAGCUGGGGAGGAGGAGGAACGGGCGAGAGGCAGGGUGGUUCGAGAAGAAAGUCUCCUCUCAGGAGGAGGCUGUCGAUGGGGGGAGUGGUGGGGAGCGAAAGGCAGGGGGGCACAGACACAGCGGACCAAUUUUCAACCCUGGGGGGGAGCUCGAGUCGGUUGACUCCCCAGUCUGGGGCAGUACCAGGGGGAAUUUCAGGAGAGAUCCUUAUAGCGAGGCUACUGGUGGGGCUUAUAACGAGGCCACUGAAGGGGGAGUGCGUCGGGCGAAGUUGUUUGUAGACUCGUCCCGUCGACGUUCAGGGGAAUGCUUUGAGUCUGAUUCUGUGGAUUCCCCAGUAUGGGGCACCGUCAGGGGGGAUCGUAGGGAGGGCACACAUGAGGAGGCUUAUAGGCCGGAAGAGCAGCGAGGGGUGUGCAGAGAGGUAUGCGGUGAGGAGUGCAGAUCGAGGUGCAAAGAGGUGUGCAGAGCGGUGCGCAGCGGUGGUGCUAGUGGUGGUAGGGCUGUUGUGGACUUGCAGGAGUCAGAAUCGGCUGACUCGCCUGUGUGGGGGACAGUGAGUGGUGGGAGGCGAGGGGGGGUGAGAGGAGGAAGGCCCGUGCACUCAGGACCCCACACAGGCGGUGGGUUCCCAGGAGAUGCAGCAGCGGCCAGCAGGAAACCCCGAAGCUUUGUUGCGGAGUCAAUAGAGUCAGAAUCGGCCGAUUCACCUGUGUGGGGAACGGUGAGCGGCGGGAGGCGAGGGGGAAGGCGAGAAGGAGGAGGAAGCGGAGGCGGGGUUACAGCAGAUGGUGCUGCAGUGUGCAAUCGGGGACCACUAGGGUCUGUUUUGGAUACGCACGAGUCAGAAUCGGCCGAUUCGCCUGUGUGGGGAACGGUGACUGGUGGGAGGAGAGGGGGAGGGAUGAGUGAGAGGGGAGAUGUUUUUUCAGAAGAUGCAGCGGCGGGAGUCAGGAGAGUUAGAGGAGUGACGUCUGAUUCUGCAGCACUUGAGAUAGCACCUGAUACAGCACCUGACGCGACACCUGAUGCAACACCUGAUUCAGCACCUGAUGCAAGUGGAGGGGAUGUGGGUGGGGAGACAGUGGGGGGGGAAGGAAUUUGCAGGCAUGAUGGGAGGGAGAAGCGAGGAGAGGAGGGAGGAGAGGGGGGAGGAGAGGAGGGAGGAGAGGAGGGAGGAGAGGAGGGAGGAGCGAAGGGAGGAGAGGAGGGCGUUAAAGUAUGGAGGAAAGAUACAGAGAAAGCGAUUGUGAACGCAAUUGAGGAAGUAAGGGAGCAAGUGAAUGGGCGAGAAGGUAGAGAAGCGUGUAGGGAAGUGAGUGAGGGAGUGAGUGCAAAGGAGGGUGAGGAGGCGGUCACAAGCUUGAGUGUGAGUGAGAAAUCAACCUGGGGGGGUGGAGGGAGGAGGGAGGAAAACACCUCAUUUCUCUCUUCUUCUUUGCAAAGCGAAACUGGGGAGAGUGAGACUGAUUUGGGCUCUGGCAUGCCAGGCAGAGCUCAAGAGAAUGCAGCAGGGGAGAAGACGGCUUUUGAGUCGACUCAAAAGUCACCUCAUGCCAGACCUCAAGAGAAUGCAGCCGAGGAGACAGUUGAGAUGAGCAUUCAAGUGACACCUGAGGAGAUGGAGGAGAUGGAGGAGAUGGGUGAGAUGGAGGAGAUGGGUGAGAUGGAGGAGAUGGGUGAGAUGGAGGAGAUGGGUGAGAUGGAGGAGAUGGGUGAGAUGGAGGAGAUGGGUGAGAUGGAGGAGAUGGGUGAGAUGGAGGAGAUGGGUGAGAUGGAGGAGAUGGGUGAGAUGGAGGAGAUGGGUGAGAUGGAGGAGAUGGGCCACCGCGAUUCCGUCUUCCAUCACCACCUCUUCUAA